AUGCCCGCAUCACAAGGAAAUCUGACAGGUUCUUCCGACCCCCAAGCUGUCCCUCACGGACACUGGGACUCGUUCCCUGAGGAGCCAUUCCCGCUCUAUGCUGGCACCAAGUCGAUCAUCUACCGCUCAGAAGAUGGAAAGGUCGCAGUGGGAAUGUUGAGGGAGAAGGGUAAAGACACGCUCGUCUGGCCGGUUGAUGAGUUUCUUUUUGUAACAGAGGGCACCAUCAAGAUUGAUAUUCAUGGUGGCGAGAAUUUCAUGUUGGGCAAGGGAGAUAUCAUGGUCAUGAAGAAGGGACAGACGAUUACCUUUGAGUGCAGCGAUGACUUUGCCAAUGUCGCCGUCUUUAUUGACCUUGAGGAUAGGGUUACUCUGGUAUGA